UAUGUCGUCGCUCAGAGAUGACGCCAGCCAAAGAACACAACGCGUCAGAAACCCGCCUCGGAGAUCACUCAGUUUUAUAAUACAGGAACAGGUUUCUAAACAAAAAUAAUAAAGAUACGAUACCAACAACAGCCAUGUCUGUGGAUUAUGCUGCUGGGCUUUCGCCAUACGCAGACAAAGGUGUUUGCGGACUUCCCGAGGUUUUUGAUAGUCCUGAGGAGCUGAAGGCAAAGGUGGAGACCCUCGCUCAGUUGAUAAAAGAAUCUCAGUACUUGGUUGUCCACUCUGGAGCAGGAAUCAGCACCUCAGUAGGCAUCCCUGACUUCAGGGGUCCAAAGGGUGUGUGGACGUUAGAAGAAAAGGGUGAGUCACCUCGCUUUGACACCACAUUUGAAGAUGCCCGACCCAGCUUGACUCACAUGGCCCUCCUGGGACUGCAGAGGGCCGGGUGCCUCAAGUAUCUCAUCAGCCAGAAUGUGGACGGCCUACAUGUGCGAUCAGGCUUCCCCAGGGAUAUGUUAUCAGAGCUUCAUGGAAACAUGUUUGUGGAGGAGUGUGAGAAGUGUGGCAGGCAGUAUGUCAGAGAAAAAGUGAUCGGCGUGAUGGGCCUGAAACCGACAGGACGUUACUGUGAUGUGGUACGAUCAAGAGGACUCAGAGCCUGCAGAGGAAAGCUGAUAAGCACUAUACUGGACUGGGAGGAUGCUCUUCCUGACAGAGACCUGAACAAAGCAGAAGAUGCCAGCAGACGAGCGGACCUGGCACUGACACUCGGCACCUCCUUGCAGAUCAAACCCAGUGGAGACCUUCCGCUACUCACCAAGCGCAAAGGAGGGAAAGUGGCCAUUGUCAACCUGCAGCCCACGAAACAUGACAAGCAUGCGUACCUGCGUAUCCAUGGUUACGUGGACGAGGUCAUGAAACAGCUGAUGGAGAUGCUGGGAGUGGACAUCCCAAAGUGGGAGGGUCCGACUGUCUGCGAGAGCUCCUCGGCCACCUCUGAGUCCACCGCCGAUGUCAAACCACCGCGUGCAAAGGAAAAGGUGACAAAGGACCUCAUUAAGAAGGAGAGGAAAAGAGAAGCAACGGCGCUAACAGACGAUGGGAGUGUUAAGGAGGAGACUGCUUCGGUAAAGAGGGAGAGAGCAGACUCCCCGGUGGACAUAAAUGAAGAGAAAUAGCCUCAGAUAUUGUUUCUUACAACACAAACUCGUCCUGAAACAAACUUUACAACUGAAGGUGCUCAGUUUGACAGAGGUUCUUUUCAUCUUACUUCCUCUGGAGCGAAGACUCUUGUAGUACUGUAGUGGUUUUGUUAAACCCAGAUCUCUUACGCUCCCCUUUCAGCCACGAUGAACAGCAAUUUGAAACUGACUUCUCAGCGGAAGGCUCAAAAGUUGACCUCCUCAUAGAGUAAAAUAGCUAAGUGAUUGUGUCCAGGGUAAGAAGAUGGCACUACAUUAGGUGGAUGUCUGAUUGAGAAUGUUUUCUUUUCAAUUUUUGGCCAAACAACUUGCCCAAAAAGUACAUUUACCAAUACACAGCCUGCGAUUUAAAUAUUCAUUCUGCUAUAGUAAGGACAUCGGGGCAAAAGGGGGAAUCUUUGUGUAAUAUCCAACUUGGGACUUUACUUUACUUGCAGUCUUAGACAAGACAACGAGAUGAGAUCUGGAGCACACUGUUAUAAAUAAAAAAAAGCUUUUAAUAAGGUGUGUAAGGUUGCUGCACCUUAUUAAAAGCUUUAUUUAUAACUGUGUGCUCCAGAUCUCAUCCCUACAGAUCUAGCCUUUAAAGAUACCUUGGUUCGAUACUUUACAAGUAGAGAUAUCAAGUGAGCGUCUCCAAGUCUGAUUGACUAGCAGCCUCAUACAGCUAGAGGACAUUUUAGGUUAAACCUGUUUUGUGUGUGUGUGUGUGUGUGUGUGUGUGUGUGUGUGUGUGUGUGUGUGUGUGUGUGUGUGUGUGUUUACUUAAACAAACUGCUUUUCUCAUUUCUCAUCGCAAGUGUUGCUGGAGUUUUGACCUCUUCAGACGUUUUCCCACCUUGAAUGGACCAUAAUCACACUGUAUGUUUCUAGAAAAAUGUUUUUAUCUCAGGAAAAAAGCAUUGUACUCUGACAGAAAAAGUCACAUUUUUUUAAAUAUACAUUUUGGCAAUAAACACAAUAAGUUCCUGGUAGAAGCUCCUGUGUAUAUGCGCUGUAAUGUCAAACAGCAGUGGCCUAGUUACAAAUGUGAACCACUGUUUCAAAGGAGAUGAAGACACCAUGCGUUUGUUCAUUUGAGAUAAUCGUAUUAUUCUUUGUGUUUGCCAUGAAACCUCAUUAACAUUUCUGAGGUCCAUCCAUGCACUUUUGUAGUUUUAAAAUGUCCUUAUGCGUCACUGCACUGUGACUGAACAUGAUAAGAAUUUCUCCUAAGGACCGAUGUCAAUGAGAAGAGGACCAAAGAGCCGCCUCCUCUUAUUCCAUUCACCAGAAAUACAAAAAACCAGAAUCCAA